AUGACUGAAAUUCCUCAAGAAAUCCUCGAUGAAUUACUAGGAAGGGAUUCUAAUUCUACAGAUGAUGAAAUUGUUCAUUCUAACCCUCUAAAUUCCCCUUCUGUUCCCAUAGAUACCUUAGCGAUACCUGAUGAACCUUACUCUCAAACAGAACCAGAACCGCAACCUUCGACUAGUUGGCAAAAUCCUGAAACCUUACCUGUAUCAACUUACCCAAGUCCAGAAACUCCUCAUUCAGUUCCUGAAACAUACUGGCCCAAGGUCACCAAGAAUAUGUCAAUCAACUCGAGCUCUGGUAUCUACUGG